AUGGAUCUGGAACAGCGCCCCGUCGCCGAGAAGCACCUCCUCAACACCACCGUCAAGAACCUAACAUGGCGCGGCGUCACCGUCACAGUCAAGGACCGCGAGUCAACAGAGCUCAAGCCGAUUGUGAACAAUGUCGAGGGUGUUGUUGAAGCGGGUGAGAUUUGCGCCCUCAUGGGCCCCUCUGGCUGCGGAAAGACGACGCUUUUGAAUGUGCUCGCUCGCCGACCAACCAAUGCCAGCAGUGUCGAGUCCGAGGUCUUCAUCAACGGAAGUAGCCUGUCGCUCAACCAGUUCCGAGAGAUUUCGUGCUUUGUUGAGCAGGAAGAUGCCCUGAUCGGCUCUCUGACCGUCCGCGAGACGCUUCAGUUCUCAUCCCGCCUUGCGAGCACCAGUUCCCUCCCCAAGCAAGAGCGCCUUGUCCGCAUCAACGGCCUCCUGGAGUCCUUUGGUCUCGUCGAGCAGGCCAACACCAUCAUCGGCACGCCCAUCCGCAAGGGCAUCUCGGGCGGCCAGAAGCGCCGCGUCGGCGUCGCCAGCCAGCUCAUCACCAGCCCGAAGCUGCUCUUCCUGGACGAGCCCACCAGUGGCCUCGACUCGGCGGCCAGCUUCGAGGUGGUCAACUACUUGCGCCAGGUGGCCCGCCGCAACAACCUCAUCGUCGUCUGCUCCAUCCACCAGCCCUCCACCUCCACCUUCAACCUGUUCGACAAGCUGCUGCUGCUGUCCGCCGGCCGGCCGCACUACUUUGGCCGCGUGGACGCCGUCGCCGAGUACUACGCCGAGGCCGGCGCCGCGCUGCCGCAGUACGUGAACCCGGCCGAGCAUCUGCUCGAGAUGAUCAAUAUCGACUUCGCCCACGACAAGGCCGCCGCGGCCCUGCGCCUGGACAAGAUGCAGGCGGCGUGGAAUUCGUCGCGACAGGCCGGCGAGAUCAGCGCCCGCAUCGCGAGUGCGGAAGCGUCAGGCGGCCGCUUUGCCAUCGAGACGGUCGACAAGCGGCCGAGCAUGCCCAGUCUCACCCUGACGCUGCUCCACCGCAGCUUCAUCAAGAGCUAUCGCGACGUCGUGGCGUACGGCAUCCGCGUGGCCAUGUACCUCGGCCUAGCCAUCAUGAUGGGCACCGUCUGGCUGCGCCUGGAUCCCACCCAGGAGUCGAUCCAGCCCUUCACCAACGCAAUCUUCUUCGGGUCUGCCUUUAUGAGCUUCAUGGCCGUCGCCUACGUGCCGGCUUUCAUCGAGGACCGCCUGCAGUACGUCAAGGAGCACCACAACGGACUCUAUAACGCCGAGGAGCUGAUCCUGUCCAACUUCUUGAUCGGGAUCCCCUACCUGUUCCUCAUCGCCGUGCUCUUCUCCGUCAUCUCGUAUUGGCUGUCCAACUUCCAGCCCACCGCCGAAGCCUUCUUCACCUGGGUCAUGUGGCUGUUCCUGGACCUGCUGGCCGCCGAGUCGCUGGUCGUCUUCAUGACGUCGCUGUUCCCCAACUUUGUCAUCUCGCUGGCGCUGGUGGCCUUUGCCAACGGCCUGUGGAUGUCCGUCGGUGGCUUCAUGGUGCCGCCGACCAUCCUCAACGCCUUCUACAAGUACGUCUUCCACUACUGGGACUACCAGAAGUACGUCUUCCAGGGUAUGAUGGUCAACGAGUUUGCCAACCGCGUGUAUGACUGUGGAAAGGACUGCCGCUGCAUGUUCGACUCGCCGCUCGCCGACCAGUGCAAGAUCGACGGCCAGGCGGUGCUAGAUCAGUACGGCUACAAGCCAGGACAUAUGGGACAGGAUGUUGGCAUCAUGCUUGCCAUCAUUGCUGGAUAUCGGCUGGCUUCUUGGGCUGUUCUUAGGAUUCAGAAGUGA